AUGGCUUCCGCACUCCUCCGAUCAACUCCCGCCCUCCGCGCCGGUCUGCGCACCCGCUCAACUCCCCUCGCCGCUAUGGCUACCACCAGCUUCGUCCGUACCAAGGCCACUCUCCCCGACCUUUCCUACGACUACGGCGCCCUUGAGCCUCACAUCUCCGGUCAAAUCAUGGAGCUUCACCACUCCAAGCACCACCAGACCUAUGUCACAGGCUUCAACAACGCUACCGAUGCUCUCGCCGAGGCCCAGCACAAAGGCGACGCAAAGGCUGCCGCAUCCCAGGCUCCUCUGCUCAACUUCCACGGAGGUGGUCAUGUCAACCACUCCCUCUUCUGGGAGAACCUUGCUCCUAACGGCAAGGGUGGAGGCGGCGAGCCUGAGGGAAAGCUCCUGACUGCCAUCAAGAAGGACUUUGGCUCAUUCGAUGCCUUCAAGAAGCAGACAAACGCCACCCUCGCUGGUAUCCAGGGCUCUGGCUGGGCCUGGCUCGUCAAGGACAAGAACUCGGGCACCCUCUCCAUUGCCACCCGACCCAACCAGGACCCCGUUACUGGCACCCUUGAGCCCCUCCUCGGCAUCGAUGCCUGGGAGCACGCCUACUACCUCCAAUACCAGAACCGUAAGGCCGAGUACUUCAAUGCCAUCUGGGAGGUCAUUAACUGGGGCACCGUUUCCAAGCGAUUCGAGAAGUAA